AUGACGAAUUCGAGUAGUGAUAUUCGUGUUGUGGUAGGAAUUGGCUUUGCUUACGCGAAUGUGAAAACACCUAAUAAAAUAGAGACUAACGAUACUUGGUCCGAAAAGAAAGGCGAAUUUAAAACAAAUACGGUGAUUCGAUAUGACAAUAUGUUCAAUGUUGUCAAAUGGGGUUUACCUGCUUUGGCCGAAAAGAUUUCCAGAAAGGGUGAAAAGUCAAAAUUUGAAGAAGCUCAGAUUGCUGAGUUAUUCAAACUUCAUCUUGGUGAAAUUGCUGAUGAAGAAAAGCCAAAGUUACCUUUAGGCUUAGAUCCCAGAAAAGCGAUAACUGAUUAUUUGCGUGAAAUUGGAAAGCUUAUGAAGACCAGAAUAACUGAUCGAUGGCCAGGAUUAAUUUACUUUAAACAUGUUCGAGUUGUUCUCACUGUGCCUGUUGAAUAUGACGAGAAAGCUCGCGCCAUCAUGCGACAAUGUGCCUACGAUGCUGAACUUAUACUUACACUUGAAUCAGAAAAUUUAGAAUUUACUACUGAACCGGAAGCUGCUGCAAUAUAUUGUCUUGAAAAUAUAAGUGAACAUCCGUUGAAAGAAGGAGAUUCAUUUAUGCUUGUUGAUUGUGGCGGCGGCACGAUAGAUUUGACAGUUCGUACUAUUCUCCCUAAUUCGAAAUUAAGCGAACUCACAGAAAGCACUGGUGAUUUUUGCGGCUCCACGUAUAUCGAUAAGGAAUUCAAAAAUUUUAUUGGCACCAAAGUCGGAAAAUCAGCUCUUAAAUUGAUGGAGGAUAAACAUUAUCCUCAGCUCCAAUAUUUGAUUCAAUAUUUCUGCACGUAUGUAAAGCUUCCGUUCGAUGGCAAUGAAAGAAACUGGCGGAAUAAAGAAAUUGAUCUUGAAGAGGUUUGUGCUGUUCUCUUGCAAUACGUCAAAGGCGAAGAAAGAGAAGAGUUAGAAGAAUGUGAAUGGCUUAUCGAAUUAGACUUCCAGAGGGUUAGAAAUUUCUUUGACCAAGUCAUAGGAAAAGUUUUAAAGCUAAUUCGUCAACAACUGACCAAGUCGAAAAAGAAUAUUUCCGCAAUCUUUUUAGUUGGAGGGUUUUCUGAAUCCAAGUAUCUAUUACAUCGUGUUCGACAGGAAUUUCAUCGCCAAGUCUCGUAUAUUUCAGUCCCGUCUUACCCAGUUACCAGUGUUGUCAAAGGAGCCGUUACAUAUGGUCUGAGAAUGGAUACAAUUAAAGCACGUGUACUUAAAAAAACUUACGGGAUCGAGCUUUACCGCGAUUGGACUCUCAAUGAUCCAAUCGAAGGAAUGAAAAUUAUAGAUGGUCAAGAGAAAAUUUUAGCUUUUAUGAGAUUAGCUAAAAAAGGGACUGAGGUUGAUGUAGACCAAGAAUUCAAACAGAUAGCUUAUCCGACACACGAACAGUCUGAGUGUAGUUUCAAGAUCUACAAAAUUAAUGCUGAUGAUGGAAAAUACUGUGAUGACCCAGGAAUGAGUCUUUUUGGAAGACUUGAUUUGGAAAUUCCUGAUGUUUAUCUUGGCAAGGAUCGUCCAAUGGAGUUCACUUUGACUUUUGGUAAAAUGGAAACGCGUGCUUUUGCGAAAGCGCUCAAAUCGGGAAAAACGGCUCAGGCAACUUUUAAUUUAGAGUUAUAA